UCAAGCUGACAAUCAAUUCUUGACAAUCAAGACAAACCAUCUCCAGAAUCCUGAUCUCGAACUGCUCUGAUGUUACACCGAGCAUCCCAAGAUCGACAUGUACGCAAUGGAGAUCGGAGACUCUAUGUCCGAGAACUAGAAGUGUGCUCUCUCGAAGUGAGUCUUAGAAGCGCUGUUCACGGACUUACUGCUGCUUAAACCCCAUACCACUUGCUGCCGUCACAUGUAACUCCACGUAGGUCUAUAUAUCUAUGUACCGUGAUCCUGUAGAUCACAAGAUUCGCUCAUAAUAUCCUACUCGCAAACCAGUAACACGCACCGAGACAAGCAACAGCAGGCUCUCGCAAUGACCACGCCAAACACCAAAGAAAUCGUCCUCAUCACAGGCGGCAACACAGGCCUAGGCUUCGAAAUCGCCAAAGCCCUCCUCCUCCUCAACCGCUUCCACAUCAUAAUCGGCUCCCGGGAUGCGAAAAAAGGCGCAGCCGCAGUCGAAAAACUCCACAACCUCAACCUCACAGACUGCUCAACCAUCCCCCUCGACAUUACCUCCCUCUCCUCCCUCACGUCAGCCUUCGAAACAAUCAAAGAAAAGCAUGGCAAACUCGAUAUCCUCCAUGCCAAUGCCGGCAUCGCGCCAGAAUCCUACAUGCCUGUCGAUAAAACUCCUAUCAGUGACCUGAUCAAGACUGCAUGCGACACAAAUGUCGCUGGAACAGCUCAAUCCAUCGAGACAUUUAUUCCACUGUUACGGGAAUCCGACAACCCGAGGAUCGUAAUCAUGUCUACAGGCCUGGGCAGUUUGACACUGCAGACGACGCGUGAUCCUCGGAAUUGACCAGCUUAUGCGGCAAGUAAAGCUGCGUUGAAUAUGAUCAUGUUGGUUUAUUAUCACCAACAUCCUGAGAUGAAAAUUAAUGCUUGUGCGCCGGGAUAUAGGGUAAGCCAUCGUCCUUGUCCCCUUCUCCAGAAUGCAGUUUAUGCUGAUUGUUCUCCCCUUCAUGCAGGCAACCGCUUUGAACAAUUUCGGCCAAGGAGGAAGUUUUGCGCCGGGAAAGAUUGAAGAUGGGGCAAACAAUGCCGUGCGUUUGUCUUUGCUGGGCAAGGAUGGCGAGAGUGGGA